AUGUCAAGUAUGUUUAUUGAGUGUACUUCACGAGACAACAAACCUAGAAAUGAACCUGCUAAUACAAAUGCGGGAAGACCUAUGGAAGGCUCAGGCAUAUCGAAGAACCUUGCAAAUGUAUCAAGUGAUGUGCCAGUUGAUGAAACAAUCUCAUUUCAGGUUACAGCUUGUAAACGGCAGGAGGGAGGGCUCAAAAGAGCAAGUGCGGAAACUUUGGUGACUGAUACAUCUGAUAUUGAAGCAAGCACGAGUACGGCUUUAAGCUGCAGGAAUAUAUCAUCAAAUAGUCUCCUCGAUCGGCGGCAACCAUUAGUUAGUAAGGCGGAUAACAGCGUUUCCAGAUCAUCGUGCAAACGCAAACCAGCCUUACCAAAAAAACGACCCAGCACUAUGCAGGAGCCUGUGAUCAUAAGUGCUGAAACGGGUGAAGCUGUUGAUGAUGAUACCACUCUUACGGAAGAUUCGGUUUGUUCAUCAGGAAAUGUUAUCGCCGGCAAGGAUUGUAGAUUUGGUAUAGAGAAUAACAACAUGAAAGGAAAAACUGCAGAAUCAGCUGACUUCUGUAAAGGUGGCACUGAUUUACAACGAUUAUUAUCAACGACAGAGAAAUGCAUACCUCCAAACUUGUGUGGUGCAACUGAUGCAGCGAAUAUUUUGCAUUGUGAUAGCGAGCUCCUAAAUGGUGAAAUUAAAGUGGAACAUUGGGAAACUUCAUCGAUCUCUUCUACUUCCGAUGCACUGAUGAUAGAUACACGGUCAAACAGCUUAUCGUCGUUAGAAGAUGUUAAUGGAAAGCAACAAAGUGUGGAAUCGUCUGUUAUCACAGAUAUAAUUGACUAUGUGGAUUCUACUGAACAUAAUAUGGGUUCAUCAAAGGCUCUUCAUGGACCUGUGGAUAUACAACUUACCGAGAAUUCACCUUCACAAACCGAUAGUUCAGUGGACAGAACAAAUAAAUAUCAAGAAGCGACCGAUACGAAAAUUUGCAAGCUCUCCGAACAAUUUGUGGAUCAACGGAAUGGUUCGAAUAUAUCGAAUUUGAAUGAUGUCUUGAUUUUGAAUGCUGCAGUGAACAGUUUUCUUUGGGCCAAUGCAGCUGCCGGAACGGAUGGAGCAAAUGCUUUCAUCACUCCGGAAAUGCUUGCAUCUCUCUCAGCUGCUGGUUUAUCACCCUCUUUAAGCGUUCCAUGUGCCUCCAACCUUACCGACAAGCCGUAUGACAGGGUGUUACUUAAAACAGCAAGUUUAUCACCGAAUGGUUCAGCUAUGUCCAUGAAGCACGAGUUACUUAUUAAUAAUGCUCAUUCAACGGCAACGGAUUCAUUGCAUCAGAGAACAGCUUUUGAUUUGGCUGAGCAUGUUGCACCUAAAUUGGUACCAGAACCGGCGGAAUACGUGGAUGUUUGUGAAGUACUUUCUCCGCAGUAUGAAACGUUAAAACCGCUUAUGCCACUACAGCCUACUUCUGCAAACGAAGCUAUGUUACCUGCAUGUGGAACUUUGCUAUUUAAUCAGCGGGCUGAAUUGGUAACCAAAGCGUCACCAUAUUAUACCAAUGAUGGUUUGAUGAGUGUUGAUCAGCAGCAAAGCGCAAAUAUGUUGCUCUUAGAAGCAGCAGCUGCUGCUACAGCUGCAGGAACGAUACGAGAUUUACUAGGGAUUACAUCAACAAAUGGUAAUGAUGCGACAGCGAUUGAUGUUAUGAAUAGCCCUAAACCGAAGUUAUCUGCAGUUCCAUCAACGUCUGCUACGGCGGAAAUUGUUGCUACCAGUACUCCAAACAUCUUUUUUAAUGAUGAUCAUAAUGGAAUCAGCAAAAAACACGAUCAGCGUUUAGGGGAUCAUUCUUCACUCAAUGGUAGAACAGCAUCUGCUGGUGAAAAUGCUAAUAUGGUAGACUUGGGCGAUCCAAAACGUCAGUCGAAUAAAGCAGUGAAGUGCAAAAUUAGUGAUAUAAAAUUAAGCGUUAAAAGGAGAGCAAAUGAAGAGACUCUGAGCAGUGCAGCACGUGCAAUUACUAAAGAAGAAAAGAUUGAUUUGGAUGAGCUGGAAAAUUUUGCUCAAACAUUCAAAAAGCAACGCAUCAAGUUUGGUUUCACUCAAGGUGAUGUUGGUCUUGCUCUUGGACGCCGUUAUGGGACUGAUUUUUCGCAAACAACUAUAUCACGUUUCGAAGCACUAAAUUUAUCCUUCAAAAAUAUGUGCAAAUUACGGCCAUUGCUCAAAGAAUGGUUGGAGGAUGCAGAAGCGGCAUUGGCCAACGGCGCUACUAUCAGUGAUCUCUUGGAUGCACCUUCUAAAGAGCCAAUUCCACAAUAUCCGACAUCGGUGAUACAUUUGCCACUGAAUAAUAACAAACCGAGCUCUUUAAUGAGCGUUAAUGCAAGCAGUGGUAAUAAAAUGCCAUGCGACGAGUUACCAUCACCAAAUGGAUCUACUGUGUGCAGUUCAGGCGCUGGUGGAGGUGUUCCGCUGAAAAAACGUCGAAAACGAACCAACUUGGAUUUAGCACAGCGUUCAGCACUGGAUGCUUACUUUGACAUGAACCCACGUCCGGACCACGAUAGAAUGGCGGAAAUCGCCGAAUUGGUAGGGCUAGAUCGAGAUGUAGUUCGCGUAUGGUUUUGCAAUCGACGACAGAAACUUCGUAAAGAAUAA